CCACGGUAGGAAUUGAUAGUUUAGGUUUAUAUUAAUUUGAUUCCAGCUUUCCUUAAUUUGAAUUUCUUUAUGAUUGGAUUUUGAAUUGUAAAUAUCAGCAUGAUAUUAUAGUUAUGGCCGAUAAUCUGUAUUAUACAAAAUACAGGGAUUAUUGGUGGGUGAAUUUCUCGUUUCCAAUUAGAGAUGACCAACAUAGUCCAUUUGAUUGGGCCCUUUGUUCCUACUUACAAAUGUCCAGUGGAGCAAUUGGAUCAAAUACAAACCUCAUGAGGCAAAAACUAUGCAGAUUGAAUGAGAAAUUUUUCUCGCACCUGAAAGGUGAACUGGGAAAACUAAGGUUUGCCAUGUCAAAGACUCAGGAAAUGGUAGACAGAUUGAUAGAACUGGAAGCACUCCAAAAGGCUCUGCAGGAAGGAACGGAAGCCUAUGAUAAACUGCAAGAUGAACUCGUAAACGCGAGGAAGAACUUAAUGAAAAUUUUGACAUCAGAUAAUGUCAAGAUACUCUAUUGGAAAUGGUUUAGCAGAAUGAGUUGAAUAGAUCCUUGUUGACACUUCUUGAUGAAAAUAUUGUAAAUGCAUAUCAUGUUAACCAGGUGAGAGGGGUCAAAUAUUUUUCUAUCUGAUCUAGAUGAAUUUUCUAGAGUUGUUCUCUUUAUUUAUAUUAUUAAUUGAUUUUGUAUUACGAAUUCUUUCUAAAAAAAUAAAGAAUAAUAUAUCUUUUGAAGUUUAAAGUGAAGUUAGAGAGAGGGGUUAACAGAUGCCGCCUGUUACAUAAUUUGGUAAAAAAAAAAAAAAAUCAAAUUCCUGAUACUACAGUCAAUGGAUCAAUA